AUGGCGUUGGGUGCAGGUGCUCCACAAACUUCGGCAUCUGUGAUGCAGUUCAGUGAGGAAAUCAUCAAACAAGUAAGGCAUUUGAAAGGAAAUUCAGAUAAAAAAUUUAAAAAUACACAUUUAAAGGUAUAUCAAGGUUAUGUAAAAAUAAACAGAGAAUAGUUUAAAGUACAGUAAUACAAGUUCAACAUAGUAAACCUACUAAAAAAUGUUAUAAAUGACUCUGGGACAGCCUCAAAAUCUUAUUUUUCUUUUUAAAACACAAUGCCAAGAACAUUCAUGUUUUCGUGGUGGGACCCAAAAAAUACAACUUUAUUAUCUUUCGUAAGUUUAAAAAUCUUCACAAAUGUUCAUUUUUUAUGCAAAAUGCGGGGUUUCCUUUCUUGCAUUGGCUUUUAAAUAAUGUUUCAAUUUUUACAUUUAAAAACGCCGAAAUUAGCGUUUCUGAAGUCAUCUUCUGAAGAUGUUGUUUGCAGUUUCACCAAAUUUAUUAUGCAAUUGGGAAAGUCAGAAUAAAAAAAGCUUAAGAGCCCUUUAGCCGUUCCGCGAACGCCGUGCAACGUUCUCGGAAACAACGUGAACGGCGAAAGUAAAUGACUUUUGGAGAGAACUUUGCUUACACUGACCAUACAUUAAAAUGUUUAACUCUGAUGCUUUUAGAUAAGGAGUAAUAUUUUAAAAGUUUAAAGUUUAAAAAUUAAAUUUUUUAAAAAAGUUUUUUACAAUAAAUUGCAAAAACUUUCUUUCCAACCCGAGUUUUAAUAUUAAAAACUUUUGUUUUUGCAAAAACUUCUUUUCCAGCGGCUUUUUUAAAAGAAUGUGAGGUAUGCCAUAGUUAAAAAGUGAUAAAAUUAAACGUGUUUAAAAGCAAAUUAAGUUGAGGUCCAGCUGACGCUAUAGCCAAUACUUUAAUGUCCUAAAAUUAGAUAUUACGUCACAAAAGUUUUAUAAAUAAACAAGAAAUAAAAACAAACAUCUGUUUGAUAUUAACUAGGAAAGUACCCAACCUGUUCUGUUCCGAUUGACUUCAAAUUUUAGCAUUUUUCUUUAGUAUACUUACUAGUAGAAAACCUUUAAAUAAACCAAUAUUUUUAAAGUUAUAAGCGUAACUUGUCUGGAAAGUCAAAAAAAGUGCUUGAAACACAAUGCCAAAUUUGUCAAAUCGGCGCGAAACCGGUAUAAUUUAAAUUUAAAACUCAAAAGCGCGAGCUAAAAUUUUUUAUGCGUACUAUUGGUGGUAUAAUAUAAUUUUUAACUAACUUUCUUUAUGCCUUCUUUAGUUACAUGUCAUUCUUUUUGCAUCAAAAAAAAAGUUGGUCAUAAAAGACAAACUAGACAUAAACACUACUUUUUUACAAUAGCAUAACCCUCUUUAACAUCAUUCCUUCAAAAUUACCAUUCUAUUAUAAAGCAGUAUAUAAUAUGCCCCAUUAUGUCACGACUUUUCUUCACUUUUGCUUUACAUUAUACACAAGUUGUAUACAUCAUAACAGGUGUCAGAUACAUGUGUAUAAUAUAGUUUAAUCAAAUCUUCAAGUAGCCGUAAUCAACCUCCGUAUUUACUGCCCGAAGCGAAAGGAGCGAGAACAGAUUAUCUACUCUAAUAUAACUGAAAGCACGACUAUUAUACUCUCGGCUCUACGUCCGGGUAGGGUCGUACAUAUUGUAAAGGUUGAAGUGCUACUAUAUUUUGAGGUUUCUACUGAAGUUACAGUAGUUUAAAUUUUUUCUAGAGAGUACUGUAUUAUAAAACUUUGUGGAGGAAGAUUACUGUAUUACAAGAAACUUUGAGAAAGAUUACUGUAUUUGUAAGUUUUCUAAGAAGAAUUACAGUAAUUCUUUACUACUGUGUUAAAGUUACUUUUGUUUGGCGUACUGUACUAUAGUACUUAAUAGUCUCUAAAGGUCAAUGUACUAGCCCCUACAGACCACGGAAAUACCUCGGCUUUAAGACGCUUGUUAUUGCCAAUAUAUUAAUUAAUAUUCAGGCUACUAGACCUAUAAAUACAUUGUAAAAGCUAAUAAGAUUCAAAAAGCUUGCUAUAGAUCUUUCAUAAUAAGCUACGAAAUAUUUUACCUAUUUUCACUACUUUAAAACUGCAAAAUUAAUUCUAAACCAUAAAAUUUUUGACAAAAACUAAACUUACUGUACUUUAAAUUAUACUUUGCAAUCAUUUUUAACUUUACACUGUAUUUUACAGUAGUUCUAAAUAACUUAAAAGGCAAAUUUCAAAAAGUUACUGAAGACCUAGUACAAUAUUGAAAAAAUAUAUAGUACAAUAUUGCCAACGUAAUGUCUUCAUCAGACGAUUUGCAGUUGACUCCAGAAGAGAUUGAUGAAUUCCGUGAGGCUUUCAUGAUGUUUGAUAAAGAUGGCAACGGUACUAUCUCGACCAAGGAAUUGGGUGUGGCAAUGCGAUCGUUGGGACAAAACCCCACUGAACAGGUAUGUUGUACCACUUUGAUAGACCAUAUUCAAAAAGUUAGUGUAAAUCUUGAUUUUCCCUGUUAUUAAUAUGUAAAACAAUCUGUUUUAUAGUUUUUACCACAUUUUAAAAUAGCAGUCAAGCCUUUUAAAAAAGAAAAGUUACUUUAUGAUAAGAAUUUACGCCCAAAAGCAAAAAUUUUAAAAACUUCAAAUUACUGUAAUUGCUGCAGACAUUAUUUUGUUAGUUUUAUGUACAAAACAAAAGUAAAUCUGUUGUUUAUUUUGGCAGUUUUUUGAAAUUUUACAUUAACGUACGUCAGAGUUAUGACACUUUUAACUGACCAAAGUCACUUUUUUGCUACGAAAUUGGUUUAGAAAUCACAAAAUUGAGAAAAAGAAUGUAGCAAUUGUAAUAUAAUCUUACUAGUACUAUAGUCAUAAGCCUAGUAGUACUAUAGUCUCAAUAACUAGUAAAAGAAUCCUAUAUCGUAUUUUACCAUGCCAUUUCAGGAAAUCCUAGAAAUGAUCAAUGAAGUAGACAUAGACGGUAACGGCCAAAUUGAGUUUCCCGAGUUCUGUGUGAUGAUGAAGCGAAUGAUGAAGGAAACGGAUUCAGAAAUGAUACGAGAAGCCUUCAGGGUGUUCGACAAGGAUGGCAAUGGAGUAAUCACGGCCCAAGAGUUCCGCUACUUCAUGGUGCAUAUGGGUAUGCAGUUCAGUGAGCAGGAAGUCGACGAAAUGAUCAAAGAAGUCGAUGCUGAUGGUGAUGGUGAGAUUGACUACGAGGAGUUCGUCAAGAUGAUGAGUAAUCCUUGA